UGCCCUGCAGAGACACAAGCCCCAAUAAAGCAGCCGGGUGUUGGGUCCGACCUGUCCUCCGCUUCCUGGAGAGCUUAACAACCUCUCCUGAGCCCUGGACACUCAGCCGGCUCGUCUGUGACUAAGGCAGGAUGGUGCGAGGAAAGCGUGAAGAAGUCUGGAAAACGCCGACCCGAGUUAUCCUUUGCCAAUGUAUUGCAGUGCGCGGCGGGGAGAAUGAUGGCGACGACUUGGACCAGGACUGGAAACCCCCGGAUAAUGAGCUGAUCCAGAAGCUUAUAAUGCAGGUUGAAUAUUAUUUCUCAGAUGAGAACCUGGAGAAAGAUGCCUUCCUCUUAAAGCAUGUGAGAAGAAACAAGAUGGGCUAUGUCAGUGUUAAGUUACUCACUUCUUUCAAAAAGGUAAAACAGCUUACCAGAGACUGGAGAACUACAGCCUACGCCUUGAAGUAUUCAGACACUCUUGAGAUGAAUGAAGAUAGCAGGAAGGUUAGAAGAAAUACCCCAGUUCCAGUGUUUGCUGGUGAGAACCUGCCUAGCAAGAUGUUGCUUGUGUAUGAUAUCCACUUGAUUUCUGAGCUACAGGUUCAGAGCAACGAUCAAGAAAAUGGAUGCACACAAGAAAAGAUGAUGGAGCAUCUUCUCAAGACCUUUGUUACUUUUGGUGUGAUCUCAUCAGUUCGCAUUCUCAAGCCUGGUAAGGAUCUUCCACCUGAUGUCAAGAGAUUCAGUAAUCGAUACACUCAAGUUGGAACAAAGGAAUGUGCAAUAGUAGAAUUUGAAGAAGUAGAUGCAGCAAUUAAAGCUCAUGAAAUAAUGUGUAUUGAAAAGAAUAACGAAACUGACAUGAAGGUUGUUCUAAUAGGUAUGAAGCCUCCAAAGAAAAAAGUUGUGAAAGAUAAGAGCCAUGAUGAAGAUCCCAGCAAGUCUCUCAACAAAAUGAGAUCCCUGAAUAAGAGAGUUGAGGAACUUCAGUAUGUUGGAGAUGAAUCAUCAGCAAACAGCUCCUCUGACCCAGAAAGUAAUCCUACAUCUCCACUGUCUGGACGCAAGCCUACCCCUACAAACAAGUUGAGCCCUACCACCUAUCCAAACAACCACCUGAGCCCUAACGUUUCACCCCGAUCAAGCCCCUGGAAUAGCCCAUCUUCCCUGCGCAAAGUGUGCAAGAAGUCUCCACUGGCUGACGACAGCAAACUGAACCCUACUACUAGCCCUGAAAUCUCAAGGAAAUGUGCAGAUUACUCUUCAGAUAGCAGUAUCACUCCUUCUAGUAGCCCCUGGGUUCAGAGAAGACGACAAGCUAAAACUGUAGCACAAGAAAAAAGCCCAGUAAGUAGCCCAAUGCUUGCCCGGAGAAUCCAAAAUGCAGAUGGCUUACCUGUCGGAGUGUUGCGGUUACCCAAAGGGCCUGAUGGUACUAAGGGAUUCCAUAAUGGAUGCAAAAGGAAUAAACCUAUGAAGAAUGAAUAAAACUUGGAUUUUUUAAACAAGUUUCACAGAUCAAUUUAUUUUUGCUCGGUAAAAAGACUAGCACUUAAGUGAUGGAAUGAAGUCCGUAUUUAAUUUUUAAAGGUUUUGUAUCAUGUAGAGACUCAUUUGUAUAUUUGUAUUUGCACUUAAUCUGCAUUAUUUUUAUAUUUGUGUGUGUUUGUUUAAAAGAGCUGAAUAUUGAAAUGUUGUUUUUAUUGCCAGGUAUUUGAAACAUAUUAUGUAACUGCAUUUUUGUGCAAAGCUAUGAUUCUGAACAGCAGUGUGUAAACAGUUGGUAAUAUUUAGCUGUUGUACCAUAGCAUUUCAAAGCAAUACAUCACCAGUCUGUUUACUAAGAGGUUUGAAAUCUUCCUAUUUUCAGUAUGUUGAAAGGAAUACUAAGCUGUAAUGUCAUGUCAGACACUUGUUAAAUUUGUUUGCUUAAACUUCCAAAGAUGAUGUUAUGUAAUAGAACCAAACAGUAUUUUCUGUGAGAAUAAAAAAGUACUGAGUAAUAAACUGUUUUCUAGGUACCAGAUUCUAAUGUUCAAAAUU